AUGCUUCAGGUACAGGCGUUAAAUAAAAGCGGUCCACGAGUGUUUUCCGGGCCCGUGGAGAAAGUGCUCAAAUGGCACAAGUCCUUGCAGGAAGUCGGCGUUUUGAUACUUUACGAAAUUGUUGCCAAGUGUGUGAGUGUGAGACCGGGCGAUCCUUGCGCCAAGAUCCUGGUCGUUAGGGACGAAAACGGCCCCGCCAUGCAAGUAGUUUACUACGAAAUUGAUUUCUUGUUGCCGGAGCUGAAAUUGCCUUGUACUGUUAGAGUUAUAGGGCGAAUGUUGUACGGUACGUGUCGUUUGCAAGCAUUCCACGUGCGUCCGGCGACGGGUGAUGACGUCUCGACGCUGCCACGACGCGCCGCCGUCGCUCAGCAUCACGUGACUAAGCUGUUUAAGGAAUAUACCAAUGGGAAU